AUGGCUUCUCCUAAACUUUCUUCUCUUGUGUUCUUCAUUUUAUUUGCUAUUGAGAUUUCUUUAAUAGCUAGUGAAGGAGAAAAACAUGGUCAUCCAAAUAACCUUGGUUAUCGUAAGUAUGGUUUUGUAGGAAAAAAAGAUGUUGGAGGCUAUGGAGAUGGAAACUACCAUAAUGAUUAUUAUUGGGGUCGAUGGAGAAAGUAUGGUCAAGGAAGUAGUUAUGGUGCUUCUGAAGGAUCAUCUAACGAUGAAUAUGAUCAUACAAGUAGUUGCACAAAUCCAACUACAAGCGAAGAACCAUCCAAAAGUGGUUACAGCAGUAACGAAAACGGUGGAAAAAGUACAGGAGAAUCAGGAUACACAAAUCCAAGCACUGAAACUAGUUACAAAAAUCCAAGUGCCAGCGAAGAGUCAUCCAAAAAUCCAAGUACCGAAACUAGUUACAAAAAUCCAAGUACAUCCGAAGAACCAUCCAAGAGUAGUUACAGCAACAACGAAAACGGUGGAAAAAGUACAGGAGAAUCAGGAUACAAAAGUCCAAGUACUGAAACUAGUUACAAAAAUCCAACUGCCAGCGAAGAACCAUCAAAAAAUCCAAGUACCGAAACUGGUUACAAAAAUCCAAGUACAGCCGAAGAACCGUCCAAGAGUGGUUACAGUAGCAACGAAAACGGUGGAAAAAGUACGGGAGAAUCGGGAUACACAAGCCCAAGUACUGAAACGGGUUACAAAAAUCCAAGUGCAAGCGAAGAGCCAUCCAAAAAUCCAAGUACCGAAACUGGUUACAAAAAUCCAAGUACAUCCGAAGAACCGUCCAAGAGUGGUUACAGUAGCAACGGAAAUGGUGGAAAAAGUACCGGAGAAUCAGGAUACACAAGCCCAAGUACUGAAACUAGUUACAAAAAUCCAACUGCCAGCGAAGAGCCAUCCAAAAAUCCAAGUACUGAAACUGGUUACAAAAAUCCGAGUACAGCCGAAGAACCCUCCAAGAGUGGCUACAGUAGCAACGAAAACGGUGGAAAAAGUACCGGAGAAUCAGGAUACACAAGUCCAAGUACUGAAACUGGUUACAAAAAUCCAACUGCCAGUGAAGAACCAUCCAAAAAUCCAAGUACCGAAACUGGUUACAAAAAUCCAAGUACAUCCGAAGAACCGUCCAAGAGUGGUUACAGCAGCAACGGAAAUGGUGGAAAAAGUACCGGAGAAUCAGGAUACACAAGCCCAAGUACUGAAACUAGUUACAAAAAUCCAACUGCCAGCGAAGAGCCAUCCAAAAAUCCAAGUACUGAAACUGGUUACAAAAAUCCAAGUACAGCCGAAGAACCCUCCAAGAGUGGCUACAGUAGCAACGAAAACGGUGGAAAAAGUACCGGAGAAUCAGGAUACACAAGUCCAAGUACUGAAACUGGUUACAAAAAUCCAACUGCCAGUGAAGAACCAUCCAAAAAUCCAAGUACCGAAACUGGUUACAAAAAUCCAAGUACAUCCGAAGAACCGUCCAAGAGUGGCUACAGCAGCAACGGAAAUGGUGGAAAAAGUACCGGAGAAUCAGGAUACACAAGCCCAAGUACUGAAACGGGUUACAAAAAUCCAAGUGCAAGCGAAGAGCCAUCCAAAAAUCCAAGUACCGAAACUGGUUACAAAAAUCCAAGUACAGCCGAAGAACCGUCCAAGAGUGGUUACAGUAGCAACGAAAACGGUGGAAAAAGUACGGGAGAAUCGGGAUACACAAGUCCAAGUACUGAAACUGGUUACAAAAAUCCAACUGCCAGCGAAGAGUCAUCCAAAAAUCCAAGUACCGAAACUGGUUACAAAAGUCCAAGUACAGCCGAAGAACCCUCUAAGAGUGGCUACAGCAGCAACGGAAACGGAGGAAAAAGUACAGGAGAAUCAGGAUACACAAGUCCAAGUACUGAAACUGGUUACAAAAAUCCAACAGCCAGCGAAGAACCAUCAAAAAAUCCAAGUACCGAAACUGGUUACAAAAAUCCAAGUACAGCCGAAGAACCGUCCAAGAGUGGUUACAGCAGCAACGAAAAUGGUGGAAAAAGUACGGGAGAAUCAGGAUACACAAGCCCAAGUACUGAAACGGGUUACAAAAAUCCAAGUGCCAGCGAAGAGCCAUCCAAAAAUCCAAGUACCGAAACUGGUUACAAAAAUCCAAGUACAGCUGAAGAACCGUCCAAAAGUGGUUACAGCAGCAACGAAAACGGUGGAAAAAGUACGGGAGAAUCAGGAUAUACAAGCCCAAGUACUGAAACUGGUUACAAAAAUCCAACUGUCAGCGAAGAGCCAUCCAAAAAUCCAAGUACCGAAACUGGUUACAAAAAUCCAAGUACCGCCGAAGAGUCAUCCAAGGGUGGUUAUAGCACUAACGAGAAUGGUGGAAAAAGUACAGAAGAAUCCGGAUACAAAAGCUCAAAUACUGAAACUGGUUACAAUGGCGAAGAACCAUCUAAAAGUAGUUAUAGCAGCAACGAAAAUGGUGGAAAAAGUACGGAAGAAUACAAUAAUCCAAGUGCUGGAAAUAGUUACAAAGGCGAAGAAGCAUCUAAUGAAUAUAGUGAGAACGGUGGUAAAAGUGGAGUAGUAAGUAAUGAAAAUAGUUACGAAGGUGGAGAUGAAAACAAUGGUGGAGGUUAUCCUAAUUAUGAAAGUGGUGAAACAAGCUACAAAUCAUUCAAAAACUAUCGUCGUUAUCAAAGAGGCAAUCUAUAUGGCCGGGGUAGCAGACAACCUUGA